UUCGAUGUGCUUGAAAAGCUGUCAAAGGACACACGUUCGAUUGUAUAUGGCAAAUUAUUUUUAUUUUAUUUAUUUUAAAAAGUAUAGUGUUGUUUAAUAAAACGUGAAAAUGCCAAGAUCGGGUAUGUUAUUUACACCUAUUAAUCAAAUAAGACUGACCAAUGUUGUUGUGGUUCGAAUGAAAAAAGGUGGUAAACGUUUUGAAAUUGCUUGCUACAGAAAUAAGGUUAUGUCUUGGAGAAAUAAGCUAGAAAAAGAUAUAGACGAAGUACUUCAAGCGCACACUGUGUUUACAAACGUAUCGAAAGGUCAAGUGGCAAAAAAAGAGGAUCUUGUAAAAUGUUUUGGGAAAGAUGAUCAAACGGAAAUAUGUAAAGAAAUUUUGGAAAAGGGAGAAUUACAAGUAUCAGACAAAGAACGACAUUUGACACUUGAAACAAUGUUUAAAGAUAUUGCCACAACUGUCGCUGAUAAAUGUGUAAAUCCCGAAACAAAAAGGCCAUAUUCCGUUUCUAUGAUUGAGAAAGCAAUGAAGGAUGUUCAUUUUUCAGUGAAACCAAAUAGAAAUGCAAAACAACAAGCCCUCGAUGUUAUUCCACAAUUAAAAACAGUAAUGCCAUUGGAAAGAGCACAAAUGAGAUUAAGGGUAUUUAUCACUGGAAAAGAGGCGAAAAAAGUUAAAGAUAAAAUAAUAAAAAUAGUAACAAGCACGGAAAAGGAAGAUUGGGAUGAUGGUUCGGUUAAUUUAAUUUGUCUAAUUGAUCCAGGACAAUAUCGACAAAUCGAUGAAUUGAUCCGUUCAGAAACUAAAGGCACUGGUACAUUGGAAUUAUUAAAUCUAAAAGAAAUAACCGAAGGCGAGGAAAUAUUGGAAUAAGUUGUUUGUUUUUUCUAAUUAGACACGUGUUUUUUUAUUUUAUACGCGCUAAUUUAUAUUUAAC